GAGAACUGUGAUCAGAAUGAGUAAGAAAGAGCGACCAAGUGACGAUUCCUGUUGCAUUGCGCGAACGCAUUUUCGGACGUUGCUGGUGCAAAUGUUUUGAUUCUGUUCCUUUUUUAUCAAUUGUGCUUGAUCGUGAGUGUUUUAUGAUCCACCGAGAUUGUACGCAGUCGAAUUUAAAUCUCAUUCGUGUUGUGUUCGCCCCGAAUUAGUUGUGGAAAUCGGUUGCGCUGUGCCAUCACCUUGCAAGAUUUUAACCUCGAGUAUCUAGUCCGUUUCACUUCCUGUGUUUCUUUUGAAUUUUCCGAAUAAAUUUUUAGAUUUUUCGUCCUCCUUCUUCCGCGUGUAACCGUGAAUCAUUUACUCAUUGCCACUCGAGUAAUUGGAAGGCAUUUUACGACUUUGGGCCUGAUUAGAAAUCCUUCAUCAUCACCUGAUCAUCACAGAUAACCUCCAAAGUGUGUUAACUGCAAUUCCGUGUUUUUUAUCUAUCUUAUCAGUUUCGAAGAGAUCAGGAUUGUAAAUUAGUGUGCCGUUUUUAACUCUUUCGGAAUCUAAGCCCGCGCUAUCAGUCUCACAAUGCCGGUAUUGUAUUUUCGUGAUGUUUGCCUUUCGUCAAGUAAUCACUGAUUACCUCCAAUCUGUGUAAUAAACGCCAUUUGUUCUGAUUACUAUGUGCUGAUUGUGUCAAUCUAUCAUAUCACAGUUGAAAGUAAGUCGCUGAUUGAAAGCUCAUCAAAAUUCAGUUUAACCAUGUCAUCACCAGACAAAAGUUCCAAAGAUUACUUAGAUUCGGAUUACGAUUCGGGUCGAAUUGAUUCCGGCUUCAUAUCGGGUCUAAUUUCCAGUUCAAAUCUUACUUCCGAGAUAAUAGAUGAUGAAGAAAGUUCGUCUAGUAGGUCCACACAAGUGAAAUCAGACAGGACAGAACCAAGUCAUCAAGAUAGUGACAAAUCGCGGCUGGAUUCAGCUCUAGAUAGCGGUGUCGACCUAAGUUCACAAUUGAGUGGCUUCAUCGAAUCAUCAACAGACGUUAGUGAAGCAAUUGAGGAUUACUCACAGAGGUCCCAGCAGCUCUAUCCCUGGCUUCAGUUCUUUGAACAAGAUGAUGAUGGAAAUACGCAGCUGCAUUUGGCCAUAGUUAGCGGCUACACCGAGGUGGUGCAAAAUUUAGUUCAUAUGAUCCCCGAAUCCAGAUAUCUCGAUAUUCGGAAUGAUUUCUGUCAGACUGCUUUGCACCUCUCAGUGCUGUGUAACCAGCCGCAGUUGACACGGUUGCUCGUCCUGUGUGGGGCGCGAACGAACCUGCGCGACCGGUUCGGCAACACCGCUCUCCACCUGGCCGUCGACAACCAGAACUUGGACUGCAUCGAGGCCCUCACCAACCCCGUCAGCAACUACGAGAUCUCCGCCCUUCAUCUCAAAUAUCCUGCCUUCAAAAAAGUCUCCCUCAAUAUCGACUAUGUCAACUACGAAGGUCAAUAUUGUGUUCAUUUAGCUGCAUUAAAUGGAGAUAUUGCCAUCAUGAAACGGCUUCUGUGGCUUGGGGCGAAUAUUGAUUCUAAGGAGUACAAAUGUGGUUACACACCGCUGCACAUAGCAGUACUCAGGCGAGACUAUGAAAUGGCCAAGUACAUCCUUACCGAAACAAAGUGUGACAUAGAAGAAGAGAAUUAUGGGGGGCGCACAGCUUAUCAACUUAGUUACGAUGAUACUAUCACAAGUCUACUGCUCGAGAAUGAUGCAGACAAAGUGCCGUUGAGCGAUUCUGAAGACGACGAAGAUGAUGAUGAAGAUGGCGAGGUAUCAAGUUUAUCGUCAAAGCUUCACCGAUUUCACAUGCAUGGAAGUAGCUUCGCAUCAACGCAGUCGACCUGUGUACCUUGAUUUUCUAUGGACCUGGUAGAGGCGAGAUGUUCAUAAACUAAAAGUGUUCCAUUGUAGCUUAAUUACUCAGCCAGUGUAGUGAAUUGAUCUUCGUAAAUCUCCAAGUUUCUUACCAGCCAUUUUCAGCCGUAAAAUUCAUCCCAAUCAAAUCGAUUUCUUCCUUACCGGCAAUAAAUAAAGCUAUCUUGGCUUUAUGUGAAGCAUACCGGAAAUGGAUCACAGCACACCUUCUCAUUUGAUACUAUCAGUUUUUUAUGCAGCUAAAGAUACCCAGAAAAGUUCACCAUAAUUGUAUGAAUUUUCAAAUUUCAUGCAAACAGAAAUUCUCAACUAUUUCAUCAGAUAUACUUUCAUUGGUUAUAUGAUAAUCCCUUUAAGAGGAUGUCUUCUCUAAAAUCUUAAAUAUGUAAGGCACAAAUUGGCAGGAAACUUGCUCGGUUUCUAUCUAUUUAUUUAUUUUUUUUAUCUAUAAUUUUUUAUUAUUCUUUGUGAACGAAAACUAUUCUUCUUUUAAAAGAUGGACUUUUUUCAAUUUUUAUUCCUUUUAACCUUUGCGAUUGCAAUUUGUACUAUUGGUCAAUUGAGUAUUUUAGUGAAUCAGUUUAAUGUGUAAAAAAGGUUUCAAUUUCUUGUAAGGUAUUUUAGUUUAUGUUUAUGAAUGGUUUUGACAAGAAGUGCCCAGUUACUUGUCACAGAAGAUGAUAUUUUCUGUUUUGAUCCCUCCUAUAAUAUAUUAGUAAUCCUCUCCUCUGAGUGUUGGUAGCCCCAUGAUUGUACCGUGUUUUAUUAGAUAUUCUACUCUAAAAAGGCAAGUAGCUGUAAUCUCUGGAGAAUCAUUUUGCUGGGCAUUACUUUGUGUCAGCCUUUUCAAAUGUCUAAUUUAUUGAUUUUCAUUAGCCGUAACUUUUUAGAGUAAUUUAUUUACAAAAUUUCUUGCUUGCGGUUUUUUGUUUCUUGCAAAAAAUUUGUCAGUCAUUUUGAAAUUUUUAGAGAGAGUCUUCAAGUUUAUCUGAGAAUGUGAAGUAAAUCUCGCCUCAGAUAGAGCCAUGAAUGUAAUUUGUUUUUAAUUAAGGGAGGGUAGCAAAUCCAUAUUUUAGUGCUCUCAAUUGAAGGUUCUUACCCGCAAUCAAUUAAUUCCCCAAGACAAAUAAUAAUAAACAGAAAGAAUUAGUGUUUGCCCUGUUGAUAUAAUUAUCCAAGGAAAGGAAAGAUUUUGUCGAUUCUUUGAUCAUCUUUAGAAGUGGGGUUAGUUUUUUCAGGGGUAAAAUUUUUCAAUUUAACUGUUGGUAAUGUGCCUUACCUUUCAGAUGGAGGUUUGUGUAACUCAGAUAGACGAAGGAAAAACUUUUGUGAUUUUAAUCUUAUUUUAAUUUGUUAUGAGACCAGAGAUGCAUUGUCGAAGUAAGACAUUGAAGGUGGCAAAAUUACAUCAGUCCACCUUUUUUUAUUUAUUUGCUCAGUGACAACAUAAAUUUGAUAGUAAACAAGGUAGAUCAGUGAUGCAGCAAACCUCAAAUCCUUGCUGACUGAUCCCGCCAACAAGAUGGCUGGUCAUUGGAUAACUCUAGCAGGAGUUUAACAGCUUUUCUGCAGAGCUCAGCAAACAAUUGUUUACUCAGUGCUGUGCAAUUGUCAAGACUUUAACAAUGCAUCACAUGUUUGUGAAAUGCACAGUGCUGUACGGAGUGGAGUGUUUGAAAAGUUAUCUCUAGUCCUCAUAAAGUGAAAGGAAUCGGAAAGUGUAAAUGUAUCAUUAGGACAGGUCAGUGAUUGGAAUGAUAAUGAUUCCUUUUUACAAUUUUGCUUGGUUUCUCAUAGAAAGUGCUGUUUGAUAUUGUUCUAGAAAUUAGUACAAAUGAGGGAGGCAUUAACAGGAAGAGAUGAUGAGUUAUUAAGCUUUUAGCUUAUUUUGUAAAAUUUGUAUUCCACUCAUCGUAAUUUAAGAUUUAGUAUGUAUUAUCUGAUGUUAAAAGAAAGGUGCUGCAGUUUUUGCUACGGCAAAAUUGUUAAAAAUCUAAUAAAAAUGAUGUACAAUAUGUUA